ACAUUGAAAUUAAACUACUAAGUUAAAGACUACUUUUAUUUUCAGAUUUUAUAAAUCAGGAUUAGCGGCCAUCAUGAAAAUGGCCACCAUUUUGAAAAGAAAGAUGGGUAACGGGUUUUUUAAAACAAAUGUUCUUAGGAGAGUACCCAUGCAAAUUUAAUGCUUGUACAACAAAUUGAACAAUUUUUCUGAAUAUUGACGUAAUCUGCCGGGCUACUAUGGUUAUCCCCACGAAAAGAAUACCUGUAUUUAAUUGUGUGUUAUUUUUUAUUAUUGGAUUUUCGUUUAUCUCCUUAAAAGGACGAGCAUUUGUUUUGUUCGUUUUGGACACACUCCCUAGCUUAAUUCAAUAAUAGUUUUAAACGAAAUCAAUGAAUUAGUGCUACUGUAGAAGCAAAAUUCCUAAUUUUCAGAUGUCCAUAGGACUUUUGAUCGGUUUACACUUUCCAUGUAUACAUUGAUACAGUAUGCAUGAUCUAUUUGCCAUGGGACAUUAAACAAGUACUUUAAAUUCAUAAUUGGCAUAACUAUUUACUUAAAGAUGGUCAUGUAAUUCAAUCAGUGAGUUUUUGUUUUAUAAUUGAUAAAAUAAUUGAUUUAAUGAAUGCCUGCUAUGAUCAUUUGCCAUUGAACCGGAUAAUAUAUAUUAGAUGACCUAUAUAUAUAUACAAAUUCAUAUUUGAAUUAAAUGAAUAGAGUAAUAUAAUUGGGAUUCCCAAAAUAUAGAUAUAAUGUUGCAAUGCUUGCACGCUGGAAAACUUCAUACUUUUAAUCAGAAACAAAUAAAUCAUAAUUGCCAAAAAACAGAAAUGACCAUAAGAUCAACAAUAUUCUUCGUCAGCAGCUGCUUUCUACUAAUGUUAUGUAUGGGGAUACCAAUGGUUAGUGAAGAGUCAGAUAAUGGAUGUUUUGAGUUCGUUGAAUGUCCUCCAGGCGAAGAAGUCAAAACCUGUCGAGAAUCCAAUGCUUUUAACUGUACGAGGUGUUUACCUGGAUAUGUACAACCAAACUAUGUAACAUCAAACCAACAUGAUAACACAUGCUUCAAGCCUCAAAGUGAUUGUGUUGCUGAAGAUGUAACAUACAGUCGAACAGAACAUAAAACAUUCUGUGACAGUCUAGAUGGAUGCAAAUGUAACACCAACAAAUGUUACUAUGGAGACCCUUGUUUAUGUGAUCAACAUACUCCAGGAUGUCCAGUUAAUAAAUCACUUGAUGAGAAUGGAGUAUGUCAACCAUGUGAUACUGGGACAGCAAAGAAUGAUACAGGAUGUGGACCUUGCAGAUCUGUUUCACAGAAACUUCAUAGUUUAUCUGAAAAUGUUAUAGCAAUGAUACACAAAAAGCGACCAUUGAUGCCAACAAUGGAAACCAUAACAAAUUCAAUGAAAGAAGGUAAAAGUGAUACAACCUCAAGAUCAAAUCCCAUUUGUAUGGAACGCACGUUUAUGACUAUAGCUAUAGGUUUACCAUUUCUGGAGCUGUUGUUAGUUAUAGUAAUCAUCGUUUUGUGUUGGCGAUGGAAAAAAUGUUGCUUUGCUCAAGGUAAUAGACGCAGUGAACUAAGUUCAGGAGCAAACGGAGGGGAAACCGCAUAUAUGAUGAAUUAAGAAACUUGCAUUUACUUAAUUGGACACAAUCCUAAUGUUUGAAACACUUAUGACGCUUGUUUUUGGAUAAAAGGAAGUUUCAGAUUGUAUCGCACUGUUGUUUCUAUGUAGACGUGAAGAUUUAUUCAUCUUAUAAAACUUAUCUAAAAUGAAAUAAUAAUAUAAGUACAGUUUUGGAUAAAAGAUGAUGAAAUGGUCGACAAAAAAACAAUCAAGGUUAGCAAACGGUCACAUCCUUAGCUUGGCAGUGUUCUGUCAACAUUUUACAUAGGAGAAAUGCAUUUUUCUCAUUUCUGUGUUGACAUGAAUUAUCAUUGAUAUGGUAAUAUUCAUAAAUUAACUGUUUAAAAAACUUGCUUUUAAAAUGCUAAGAAUUUCCUACCCCAGGAAUAGAUUACUAUAGCUGUAUUUGGCAAAACUUCGGUUCUUUUGAAAUUUUACUUUAUUUAGCCUUUUUCACUUUUUUUAUGAAAGUGCCAAUCAUGAAUCUCUUGUACACGAAACGCACGUCUGGCAUACAAAAUUAAAAUCCUGGUACCUAUAAUGAGUUUAUUGACGGAUAGUUAUGCAUACAAUCCUGUGUAACUGAGUGAAAUUAUUUUUAGCUCUAAAAGACAAAUAAGUUUGCGUUAUAAAAAUCGAAACAAAAUAUAUGAUCAAUAACUUUUGAUAUCACCAAUAUUUAAAACAUUAACUGCCACAUUAAACAUAUAUAUUGAGGAGCAUAUUCAUUAAGAAUCAUCCCGCAAAGCAGUUGUAUUAUACCAGUAUUGUAGGCAGCACUAUUGUAAACACACCCUGAAUUAAUUCAGUGCCGUUUCAAAGAUACAUAUAACUGUUACUAGAAGAAUUUUGUACCAUAUAUCCACAGAACAUGAAGUAAUACCGUCCUACACCUUUGUAUUGGAGCUGGUGCUUGUAGUAGCAUUCAUAAAAAUUGCAUGAACAAUGCUUUCUGUUUUUAUACAAGCUUUAAAAUAACUUUUUGACUUAUUGAUUCUUUGAAUAAACUGAUACCUAUAGCUUAUCAAUCUAUAUCCGUAGUAAAUUCUUUUAAUUCGUUUUUUAUUUUAACGGUACUAACAUUGUUUUUGUUUCUGAUAAAUUAAAACAUAACAAAAAUGUAUGGCUAUACAGUUAUGAUACUUCAUAUUGUCCAUACCAUAACUUAUACUUUGGCGUUGCACAAGGUCUUUCUUUUCUCAUAGUUUUAUGACGUUUUUACUCUUAGUCCGUUUGAUACCCUGCUACUGUUCUUAUAUUAUGCUGAUACACCACUGUUCUAAGUUAGUUGGAUGGUUCAGCGCUCACAAACAUAUUACAUAUUCAAACCCAAUAUAUUCGUUAUGUGCAUUAGUUUAAGUCAGGAGUUUGUGAUUCAGUGGUUGUGGUUGGUUCAUGUUUGUCAUAUUUGAUUUUCGUUAAUUGUUUUGUUACAAAUAUAUGGCGUUGGUUUUUCUCGUUUUAAUUGAUUCACAUUUUUCAUGUCGAACCCUUUUAAAGUUCUCAAUAUGACAUGGGUUUUGCUAAUUGUUGAAAGCCAUACAGUGACAUAUAUUGCUUGCAACCACGUCAUUUGAACCCUAGUCUACAGCUGACACAUUGGCAAUGAUACCCAAUCACCAGGUUAUAUAUUGUACAGAAAUAAUAUAAUGAGUAAUAUGUAACAAAUAAAAGAAACUUUUUUGUUUACUUAAGUUGUUUAUCAACCAACCUAUAUUUAAGAAGAACCUCCUUGUUAUCAUUAUACAUAGAAUUACAUAAAAAUCUUUGUGUGAAUUAAUACAUUAAUCAGGAUAGUUAGCUGUUGUAAAUAUUAGCAUUAUCACCCCAAACGAUUGAAUAUUUAUGUUUUUCAGCCAGGGUGACAACAUAAUCGACAACACAUAUCCCCUUUUAUUCGAAUGUUAUUAAAAGUAUAUAAUUAUUGAGCACAUAUCGAUAUAACAGCAAUCCAUCAUUAAGAAAUAAAGUAAUAUUACUAGUAGUUGCAUAGUGUGCUAUUGACCUAAUACGAUAUAUAUGGGGUCAGUAAAUUCCAUAUGCGGUGAGAGCGGAGCUAGAAUCCCCAUAAGGAAUUUACUGACCCCAUUUAUAUAGUAUUUGGUCACUAGCACACUGUGUAACGAAUUUAUCUUACCGACUAUCUUAACAUGUGGUAUUUACUAGUGGCCUAUCAAAGCGAUAAAGUCAUUAAUUUUAAGAACCUACUUCGAUUGGUCUAUACA